AUGACCAUACAAUCAGCCAUUGAUGAAGCACGUGCGGCUUGUUACAAAACUCGCGCGAUCAAGUCCACGUAUCCAAAUGUCCCGGGUAAAAGCUUGUGGGGUAGCUGCGUUGACUACUUUGACCGGACCGCGUUCACACUUAACAUGGUCCUAAACACUCACCAUGACCUCCAACCCACCCCACUAGACGUCCAAACAUGGCUUAGAGCGGGUUUAACCUACAUAACUGUUUGUCACAAAGGGUUUGAGUUGAUUAACAUGACCAACACCAUGUUACCCGUAAUAACUACCAGUUUGACCGAACUAAUAGUUAACUCUUUAGCUAUUAGUGUUAUUUUUCCAUCUUGUAAUACUAAUGGGCUUGUUAAUGUGAAUUUUAGCGACGAAUACAAGCUUGCUGAUUUGGCGAAUGAAAAGCCCGACGUUGUGGUGGCUCAACAUGGUUCGGGUGACUUUAAAUCCAUUCAAAAAGCGGUUGAUUAUGCGAUGAUUCACCGCAUGCCCAAAAAGAGGUUUGUGAUUUACGUGAAAGCUGGUAUUUAUAAAGAAUACGUGGAGAUACCAGAGACAGUUAAGUAUAUCACGAUGUAUGGUGACGGAAUAAAUAAGACGAUCAUAACCGGUAACCGACAUUGUGGUGGUGACAUGCUCAAAACCUCCAAGGUUGGUGACUUGCAGGGAUCAGCAACUUUUAGAGGCGGGUUAGUAGUAACGGCUCAUGGAAGAAACAAUGAUUACGAACCUAUUGGGUAUUCAUUUCAAGGGUGUAAGGUAACCGCCGCACCCGAGGUUAAUCCGAGUAAGCAUGCAAAAGCAUUUCUAGGAAGGCCAUGGUUUGGGCUGAGUCGAACCGUUUAUAUGCAAUCUUUUCUUGAUGGGUUGGUGGACCCACAAGGGUGGCUUGAUAGUUGGGGUCACAAGGAUACUGCUUAUUGCGGAGAGUACAAGAAUUAUGGCCAGGUUCUUCUACUAAUCAAAGGGUCAAUUGGCCCCAUUACCAUGCCAUAA